GCCUGCGCAAUGGAAUAAAGUCCUCAAUAUUGAAAUGUGACAUUGCUCUCAACAUCUCACCUCUCUCUGGAUUUCUUUUCUUUUUUUUCCCUCAUUAUUCCUGCUAACCAAUUCAUUUCCAGAGUUUGCACUUAAGAAGCAAUGGAAAAAAUCAACAGUCUUUCAACACAAUUAUUUAAGUGCUGCUUUUGUGAUUUCUUGAAGGUGAAGAUGCACACUGUGUCCUCAGUUCAUCUCUUCUACUUUGGCCUGUGUUUGCUGACGUUAACCAGUUCCUCUGCUGCUGCUGGCCACGAGACGCUUUGUGGAGCUGAGCUGGUUGAUGCUCUUCAGUUUGUGUGUGGAGAAAGAGGUUUUUAUUUCAGUAAACCAGCAGGGUAUGGAAGCAAUCGACGUGUAAACCCCACCAAAGGAAUAGUGGAUGAAUGCUGUUUCCAGAGCUGUGACCUGAAGCGGCUGGAGAUGUACUGUGCUCCUGCCAAGCCACCAAAAUCGGCACGGUCUGUACGUGCUCAGCGCCAUACUGAUAUGCCUAAAGCACAAAAGGAAGUGCAUUUGAAGAACACAAGUAGAGGAAGCACAGGAAACAGGAACUACAGAAUCCCAAUCCCCAAAGCGCUCCGCCGGCACAAGCCCCAUUGAGGACUGGAGCCUUAAGCAAGGAGCUUGCCUGGAACAAACUUACACAAACUUACAAACUUAAACGCUUCCUUUCACUAUACAGUAAAUGAGAACAACUUUUACUUUGAGGUAUGACAGAGGGGACUAACCAAGCCCGAAGGUUUAC